AUGGGACUGCGCUUAUAUACAGCGCAAAAAGUUCAUCGCAUCUGGCUGCUCGACCAGGCACUUGUGUCUUUUGAUAUCUAUAUACUCGAUGGACGUGUAGUAUUCGAGUACGACGGCGAGGGGGAGGAGAUGGAACCUGAAUCGAAGCCGUAUGUGGGUUAUUUGGACGUUGAUGAAACCGCCAAUGAAGCAUUAUCUGCAGACGAAACUGUUCUGUGUCAGAAUUUGAGGAACAAUGUCCAGUUCGAUCAUGACGAUGACUUUUCACCGUCUGACGGCGACGGCGAUGUCACAGAUGACGACAUGUCCUCGGCCACGUCAGCAGACAUCAUGACAUGGUUUCGCAAACUCAAAGAUACCCCAGGCUCAUACGGUCAGUGGGUGCCUGAAUAUUGGCACCCAGAUAUUGCUCGUCCGCUACUCAUCAAGCAUCGUUGGCCAAAUAUUUCUGACGGAGAUGUCUUCCAACUCGACCAACCUCGGCUCGAGGCCAUAUUCGACGCUCGAAACGCAGUCUCCAGGCAGCGCAUUGAACAGUCCAAAUGGAACAUGACCGAAAGACAUCGCGACCAAAAGAUACUCCAGGCGAGGUUGAACGCCGCGACGACGCAAGAUUACAAGUGGCAUGCUCGGUUCCAACUUCUUAUAUAUGAACAGUCUAAGGAGAGUGUAAAGAGUGUAACGCAGAAUGUGAAAGAGGCAGAGGAUAGGUGCAAGCGAGAAGUUUUAGAGCACAGGCGCCAGGGUCCAAUCGAGGGCGACUGGCCGUUGUGGGAGCUGAAGAAGAUGCGUGAGCUUCUCGAAUACGAACGUAGCAAGAUUGAGAGGCUCCGAGAAAUGAUAAAGAAUCGUAAGAACAAUGCAAAGGAUGAUUGCGGACCUGCAACCGGUGGCUUGGAGAAAGAAUUGGCCCAUGCGCAGAGGAAUCUGGGCAUCUACGAAAGCCCUGUGGUGGUGUCGCAAUUGAACGCGGAGCGACUUUGUCCGGGCAGAACAGUAGACGAGCUCUCUGAUCCGAGUUCCACUGCUAAAGCAGACCAGCUUUCUUUUGAAUACGAACCAAGGCUGAAGCCAGCAUUGGGACAGCUUGUUACUCUGGAAAAGUGGGCGGUUGAGCUUCCUGCCGAGGCGAGGAGAACGAAGCAGAAGGCAAGGCAUGAGUUGAAGCGGUUGAGGAAGAAGAUUGAGGGACUACGGCAGUGCCAGCAGACCUGA